CAUAUUUAAUGGGUAAUGUAACUAUUCAAGAUAUAGAAGCUGUGGAUGAUUAUUGGAGUCCCACCUUUCGUUCGAUUUUAGAAGGAGAAAAUACCGAUGCAAUUUUCGAGCAGCUUGAAAUGCGUGUACGCAGCCAUGAUAAAGAAAUCGAACGUAUUUGUAACCUUUCCUAUCAGGGAUUCAUCGAUUCUAUACAAGAAUUAUUGCAAGUACGUACUCAAGCCCAACAAUUGGCACAGGAGGUACAAACAAUGGAUAAAUCGUUACAGUUAGUUAGUGCUGCGCUAAUACAGCAAGGCAAUGAUUUGGUUAAAGCCAGACAAAUAGAAUCCAAUUUAGCUUCAGCUAUAGAAGCCUUGAAGGAAUGUUUACCCGCUUUGGAAUGCUAUAUAAAAUUCUGUCAGCAGGCUUCUAAUAAACAAUAUUAUCAAUCACUACGUACUUUAGAAAUACUGGAAACACAACAUUUACCCAAAUUACAUAGUUAUCGUUUUGUAACGCAAAUGCGUCUAGCGAUAAUAAAGGAAAAUAUACGACGAUCCGCUGAAGCUGAUUUUCGUGAAUUUUUGGAAAAUAUACGUCGAUUCUCGCCACGCAUAGGCAAAGAAGCAAUUGAUCAUACGAAGAAAUUACAGAAACUUGUUUCAAGGAGAGGAAAAACAAGCACACCUUAGUCUUCAUUUCAUUAU